AUGAAGCAUCGGCUUGAUGGAUGUUCCUCACCUCCUUCAUUCAAAUUGCGUAGACUUGAUCAAGGCUCAUCUGUAGUCAGCAGUGAUCGCCACUCCGUUGCUACUUUACUCGAUCUCAGUGCUCGUGUUGUGGCAGAGUUCUUGCCUUUUGAAUAUGUUGAAAAAACUCUCGUACAUGUUCCGGAACCUGUCCAGGAGAAAAUCAUUUAUCAUUCUUUUCCAAGACGUGACAGUGACAUUUACACAUAUGCCUCUUUUCAUUCAAAGUCCGAAAAGGGCCGUGAUAAAAUCCCUUAUUAUGAAGGAUUAGAAUACUUUCAGAAUGAUUGUGUAGAAAAUGUCAUACAAAUAGGUUUUCAUCUCACGGGUUCUGUGAAGCAACCUCCAUACAGACGAAAGUAUUAUUCUUUUAAGUUUAUCAUUUUCCGCAGGUGUAAAAUAAUAUCGGUCUGCUGUGAUUGUGGGAACAAGGGUCUUUCAUGGUGUCCCCAUGUUGUUGCUCUGGCAUUGUACCGAAUCCGCCAGCCACAUUUGGUUGACUAUCGAUCACCCAUUUCAGGCAAUUUUAUAAAGUUAUUUCGUUGGUUUCAUGUACACGCCCUUUGGAGGAUUAUUUUGCCUAGCAGGAAACUCAACCAUAGUUUCUCAUUCCAAACCAUUUUUUGUCACUAA